UAGUCUGUUUUUUUUUUAUUUAUUUUUUACCCCGCUUCUCUCUCCCAUCUCUUUCCUUCGCUCUGUCGUCCAUCAUCACACUCUCUCCCCUCUUGUGUGAAAUCCUCCUUUUUUAAUGCAAAGCUUAGGUAUUUAUAUAUGCAAAUCAGUCAUAGAGGCCGCCCCACAGACACACUGACGCUGCGAGCAGUGCAUGGUGUGUUGGAGCGUGAUAAACACAUGAUAGAGUGUGUGUUAAUGCCUAGUCUUGUAAACCAUACUUAUCUGUAGUUAAUUUGUGGGCAGUUUAAGACCCUUGAUGAACACUUAACCUGACACCGCACUCAGAGCCGCACUGCAGCAGCUUUUCUUUCUCUGUCUCUCCCUCUCUUUAGCUGUCUUUCUAUCCAAUUGAACGCUCCCCCUCUCUCCCUGCCUCUUGCCAUCUCUUGCUUAUUUUUCUUUCUCUUGCUCCCCCUACUGUAUCUGUAUCCUCCAUUUUCCAUCCUUAUCUCCAUCCUUCUGUUUUCUCCAUUGACUCCUCCUUGCUCUUUUUCUUUAUCUGUCCCUCUCCAUGUUUUACAGGGACGCAGAAUAACCCCCCCUCCUUUUUGUUCUUCUUUUGGGCAGAGGAUAGUCCAAAGAGGUGUGCAUCCUUAUGAGUCACUGUGUGUGUGUGUAGGUGUGAUAGAAGGGGAGACAGGGAGGGGGGUGUGUAAGGAGGUGAAGAGCAUUGCGUCAUUGGGGGUGUGUUGAGCUGGAGGUGGGCUGAGCCGGCUGUCAGUCAGUGACGCGAGUGGAGCACGUGCGACGGUCAUGGCUGAGGAGACGUUGUGCGGCGGUUAUCUGGCUGUAGGCGAGGAGAGCUAGAAACAGCCGCAGCUCCCCUUGCCGACGGGUUGAUCGAGGGAGUGAAUGUCUUGUGUGAGUGUGUGAGCGUGUGUGUGUGAGUGUGUGUGUGUGUGAGUGUAUGUGGGUCUGCGUCUGUGCGCAUGUAGAUGCUGCAUGGGCUGCAACCGGAGCUGCUACUGCUGCUGUUGCUGCUGCUGGUGAAUAAUGCAGGCAGGGGAACGGAGUUUGGAUAGCAUGCAGGGAGCCAGAUUAAUAAUGCACCCUGUCUGCAUUAGUUAGUUUUACUGGAACCUGUAGCUGCCUACUGCCUGCCUGCCUGCCUGACUUACUGACUCCCUGCCUACCUCUUUGCCUGCCUGCCUGCCAGCCUUUCUUCUGACUGGCGGACUGUCUGACUUACUCAAAAAAAAUGUCUCACUACCAUUUCAUCAAAUGCUGUUGUUUCCAGCUAUGUAAUGUCUUUCGUCAGAACAUGGAGAUAGACCAGUGUCUGCUGGAGUCUCUCCCCAUUGGCCAGCGCCAGCGCCUGGUCAGGAGGAUGCGCUGUGACCAAAUAAGGGCGUACUACGAGAGGGAAAAGAGCCUCCAGCGCCAGCAAGGUGGCGUGAAGGUCCGAGCCCCGCCCGCCCACCACAAGAAGCAGCGCGUCCGCUUCAGCCUCACCGACGUCAUACAGGAUGCGAUCAUUCGCCGUGACGACAAAGAAGUGCUGCGUCUUCUGAAGGAGGGAGCAGACGCCAACACUCCCAUUUCUUCCGGGGGAUCCUUGCUACACCUGUGUGCUCGCCAUGACAACGUGUUUGCGGCUGAACUUCUGAUCGAGCGAGGCCUGAACGUCAACCUGCAGGACGAAGACCUGUGGACGGCCCUGCAUGUAGCGUGCGUGUGCGACCAUGCAGAUGUGGUGGUGCUGCUGCUGCUGGCCGGGGUGAACGUUCUGCUGCAGGAUGUCAACGGAAACAUUCCUCUGGACUACGCCUCCGAGGGGACCGAGACCAGCUACAUCCUCCGAAAACACCUGGAGGAAAAUGGUGUGGAUGUGUCAUCCAUGCACACCAUGAAGACGCAGAGGCCGAGCACGAUGCUGUCCGAUGUUAGACAGCUUGUAUCUACGGGGGCAAGCCUCAACCAGCCCAAUGAUGACGGAGUCACUCUGCUCCACAUAGCUAGUGCCAGUGGUUACAGGGAGGUGGUGUCUGUGUUGUUGGAGAGCAGGGCAGACCCUCAUCCUGCUGACAACAACUUCUGGACUCCUCUCCACCUGGCUGCUAAAUACGGACAGACAAGCAUCGUUAGUCAGCUCCUAAGGCACGGAGCAAACCCGACUCUGCUGAACUGCAACCAAGACAAGCCUUCAGACAUUGCAGCCUCGGAGCCCAUAGCUGAGAUGCUGCUGAAUGCAGAGGACAGCUGGCUGCAGAGACUGUCGGACCCUUCAGCUCCUCUCCCCUCCACUGACCAACGCUACGAUGGCGGUUCACAUGACCUCAACACUCCUGUCAAGAACUUGAACCCCCUGGGUCUCCCUAUCUCUAAGCGGGACAGUCUGCUGGAGAAGUGUGCCAUGUUCAGAGAGGCGGGUGGAACACUGAGCCGACAGCCCUCCCAGGACAAUGGCCUCGAUGGCCCCUUCAGCUCUGGAGCCAGCAAACUGGAGCAGGUCAAGCUGAUGCCUCCAGCUCCCAAUGACGACCUGGCGUCCCUCAGCGAGCUCACCGACAGCAGCCUGCUGUACGAGAUGCAGAAGCGCUUUGGCAACGACCAAAUCUAUACUUACAUCGGACACAUCCUUCUCCUGGUCAAUCCAAACAAAGAGCUGCCCAUCUAUUCCACUUUGGUGAGUCAGCUGUACUUGAGCUCGACAGGUCGCCUGUGCUCCUCUCUGCCACCUCACAUCUUCUCCUCGGCAGAAAGAGCUUACCACAUGAUGCUGCAGGAGAGACGCCCGCAGUGUUUCAUCUUGAGUGGUGAAAGUGGUUCUGGGAAAACAGAGGCCUGUAAACACAUAGUAAGACACCUGACGGCACGCUCCAGCCCCAAAGGCUUUGCACUGGAGCCCAGAAUGAAACACGUUAACUGUAUUCUGGAGGCCUUCGGUCAUGCAAAGACUGCGAGGAACAACAAUUCAAGCCGCUUCGUCAAGCUGUUGACCAUUCAAUACUGUGACAAGAGGAGGACGCUGCUCAGAGCCCGUGUGUACACCUACAUGCUGGAGAAGUCUCGUCUGGUCCACCUGCGUCCUCACCAACACAGCUUCAGCAUCUUCUAUCUGAUGGCUGAAGGCCUGUCGCCUGAGGAGAGCAGUGCACUUUACCUCAACAAUGUCCUGGCUCAUAGGUAUCUGAGUGGAGGACUUCCAGGGGAGAGCCCUCCAGUGGCUACAGCCUCUGCCCAGAGCAGGGAACGCCUUGCAGCAGUCAAACAGGCCCUGCGAGCCCUGGGCUUCAACAAGCAGGAGGUUGACUCAGUGUUCAUGCUGCUGUCCGCCGUGCUCCAUAUUGGGGACCUACGUUUUACUGCGCUGACAGAUGCUGAUACAGCCUUCCCUUCUGACCUGCAGCUGCUGGAGAGAGUUUCUGGAAUGCUGCAGGUGUCUCCCAGUGACUUAAGCACUGCCCUGACCUCUGACGUUCAGUACUUCAAAGGUGACAUGAUCACUCGGCACCACACGGUGGAGAUGUCAGAGCAGUACAGGGACCAGCUCGCGAAGGCCAUCUACGGACGCCUCUUUAGCUAUCUGGUCAACAGUAGUAACGACUACCUACAAGGACAGGAUGACAGCAUCGGUGAUCCUGCCUUGGAAAUCGGGAUCUUGGACAUCUUUGGGUUUGAAGAGUUUCAGAGGAAUGGAUUUGAGCAGCUGUGCGUGAACAUGACCAACGAGCGGCUGAGGCAGUACGUCUCCGAGGUGCUAUUCCAGCAGGAGCAGGCUGAGUGUCUGCAGGAGGGCAUUGCCAUGGAGACCCCACACUCCCCCGGCAACCAGCCAGCUGUUCUGGACUUCUUUCUUCAGAGGCCUCAGGGACUGCUGUGUGUGCUCGAUGAGGAGAGCCAGAGCCUGCGGCCGGCAGAGCAGACCCUGUACAAGAGGCUGUCAGCUCAGCUGGACUCCAGCCCGACUCACGGCCUCUCGCUCACAACCAAGGACGGCAACGGAAACCCCCCGCCAAAAGAUCAGGGCCCAGCCUUCACUGUCAGCCACUAUGUCGGACAGAUUUCAUACGACCUGACAGGAUCGCUCACGAGAAACAAGGACUCCCUUCCUCAGAACCUCUUGUUUACGAUGAAGUCCAGUGAAAGUGUGUUACUGCAGCAGCUCUUCCAGUCCAAGCUGACUCAGACUGGUUCUCUGGUGCCAGCAGCCCAGAGCCGUGCCGGGCUGAGAGGGCCUAAAGCUGCCCUGUUGCUCCACAGGAUGCCGUCAGCCUCCCUUGUCACUGCCAACACUGUCCCCCAACAGCCCAGGAGGUACCAUGACCUUACCAAGAUCCUGAAGAAGAAAGGUUCGAGCUCCUUCCUCCAGCGACUAGAGCGCUGUGGACCCAUCACAGUGGCAGUCCAGCUGAGGAACUCGCUGUCAGAGGUCAUCAGUAAGCUGCAGGCCUGCACGCCUCACUUUGUGGAGUGUGUGCGCCCCAACGGCAGCGGCCAGCCAGACAGCUUUGACAGCUUCCAUGUGUCCACCCAGCUACAGUACAUUGGGGUGCUUGAGAUGGUGCGCAUGAUCCGCUAUGGAUACCCUGUCCGCCUGUCCUUCCAAGGCUUCCUCAGCAGAUAUAAAGACCUCGUGGUCCCAACUUUGGGAGACAAGAAGAGGUUAUCAUCAGAGGAGAGAUGCCGCUCAGUUCUGCAACAGUCCAAACUCCAGGGAUGGCAGAUGGGCAGCAGUAAAGUGUUUCUGAGAUACUGGCAGGCAGACCAGCUCAACGACCGCUGCUACCAGCUCCAUAAAAAGAUCAUCACCUGUCAGAAAGUGGUGCGCGGCUGGCUGGCCAGACGGUGCGUUCAUCGCAGGCUGUCGCUACAGCAGAAAGAGGAGUGCAGCGUGCAGCGUUUCCUGCAGGGGGCAGAAGACAUGGGGCUGCGAACGUACGACCAGUUGGUCAUCCAAAACGCGUCCGACAUCGCGCGGGAGAGCGACCGCCUGCGUGGCCAUGGCAACAGCCUUCUCAACACCCUUGGCAACAGCCCACCGCUUGGUGAGAGGCCUGAGCCGGUGGGCAAGGAGGAGGAUCAGCCCGUCAGGAGGGUUCUGGAGAAAAGCGGGAAAGUCUACGAGGGCACCGCCAACGGGAGCACUCGAGUUAUUCGCCACUUUCGCUCUAGCUCAGUACCCACCCCCCUCGCCAUGGAGAACAUGGUCCAUUCCUCUGCCAGUCCAUCCAUCAAACCAGCCCUGCAGCAGGUAGCUUAUACCAACGAUGACGGGUCAGGCGGGGGAAGUCUUUCCUCUCCCCGUAAGCAGCCUCCUCCCAAACCAAAGAGGGACCCUAACACUCGUCUGAGUGUGUCUUAUGAAGCGGUUAGUGCAGGGUUGGUGAUGGCAGCCAAAGAGAGCCCCACUCCAGAGGGUUAUGGUUCGCCAGCUGGAAGCCCUCCUAAAUCCCAGCUGUCCCCCACAGACCCUGCAGCUUUGUCCAAGCCACGUCCCCACAGUGAUGACUACACAACCAUGAGGAAAGUGCCACCCCCCAAACCUAAGCGCAGUCCCAACACCAAGCUGACGGGCUCAUAUGAGGAGAUCAACGCUGUAGCACCCCACAUCCACCAGCUGCGCCCUGCUGAUAUGAAAUUGGCGUUGUUGUCCCGUGCUGGUGGAUUUGCCGGGUUUGGUGGUUUGAUGCAGAAAGCCGCCUCUGUAGAUGCACCACAAGGGCUAGGACUGAGCAUGUACCAAGGCCAAGACGAGGAGGACGUGUACAUAGAGAUGUUGGGCUCCCAACAACCACGGGCUCGUAGCCUCCAGGAACCACCUGAUAGCCCAGAGCAGGCCGACUCCGAGGCCGUCUACGAGGAAAUGAAAUAUUUUCCUCCAGAAGAUGGUGGAACUCAUGCUGCUGUGGUUACCAAGGCAGCCAAAUUGGAGGCUUUAGGCUUAGGCUUGGUGGGAUUAGGGACAUCUCCGCCUCAGAGCGGGGAGACCAAACGCCUGACAGCAGGGGUGACCUCUGCGAUGGACAUCAGUCUCUCACAGAGUACGUUCAGCAGCGGAACUGCCAAAACUCCACACGGCAAAGAUGGCAGCUGUGACAUCCCGGCACCGUUCCCUAAUUUGCUUCCCCAUCGACCACCUCUCCUGGUGUUUCCCCCCUCCCCCGUUACCUGCUCUCCUGCUUCAGAUGAGUCGCCCCUCACCCCUCUAGAGGUAAAGAAGCUGCCGGUGUUUGAGACAAACCUGAACUACGCUACUGGACCUGACAGCCCCCUGUCCCCACAGUAUGCUCGCCAGAGGGCUGACUCCUCCCCUAGCCUCACUGUCCUCAUGCCAGAGAAGAAGUCCACACCUCCACUCACCCCUCCACCUCCACCUCCUCCUGCAAAUGCCCCACCUCCCCCCUACAGACCUCCUUCACACUUCCCCUUCCCACCAGAGGCCAACUUCUUGGCCUUGACGCGAGCAGCAUCUGUCACAGGGAGCACAGACUCCCCCAAAACAUCGUCCUCUCAAAGAGCAAGUGGGGAACCGCUGGGGAAGCCACCUCCCUACUCCCCAGUGAAGAUGUCUCGUCCUGAGCCUCGGAGAGCGCACUCGUGCUCCUCCUCUCCCCUGCUGUUCAACCCAGCCAAUGGCAGACCCCUGACCAGUCCCCUGGAUGAGCUCAACACUCUGUUCAGCUCUGGACGCAGUCUGCUGAGGAAGUCUACAUCUGGCCGCAAGAUGAGAGAUGGAGGAUUCAAUUCUAAUAUCAAUCUGCCAGGGAGGGAUGAAUGCGGCUCUGCCCCCACGUCACCGUCUCUGCAGCUUCAGGACAAGAACGCCAACAACCACUCUCCUCACUCCUCGAGCCCCGCCCCCGUCGAGAACGGCAACCAGAUCUCCAACGGGUCGCUGGAGGAUGAGAGUCACAGCAAGUCAAACUCCUCCAGCUCCAGCUCUCUGCACAGACACAUGGACAGCCACCAUACUCAGCUGUUCCAGCGGUUACGUCUGUCCAACGGGAAUGAGAGUACCACCCUCGGGGAGCUCCUGCGAUGGCGGCGAGCGCAGUGUGAGGGGCGGGGCGACUGGAAGCACCGUCCACCUCAGUCCCCGCCCUUGCCCCCCACGCUGCUCUGGACCAACAGGAAGGCCUCUCCAUGACGAAGGUUGUGUGACGCAGUCACAUGUAUUGGCUAUGAAUCUCCUCCCUCUCCUUCUCUUCAGCCACACUCGCACUUCUUUUUUUUUUUUUUUAAAUAUGUGGACAAAGUAACCUCAAUGCCCAGGGGCAAGGUUAAAGCUCCAAGGCCCAAAGCGUGAGCCUCGUCCCUGGACUGAAGGUCGGGCCUCAGCGCCUUUGACCUCAACCGAUGUAUGACGGUCGAGGUCAAACACUUGUAUGAAAGAAGCUCAGCAAUGAGUGUUAUCUAUAGAAAAUGGAAAGGAAGGAGUGGAAAGGUUUUAUCAACAAAACAGAGUGACGAUCACAAUAGUAUUUAUUUUCAGUUCAAACGUAUGAUGUCAGUCAAUGAGAGGCUGAAUUAAAGAGCAGACACUAACAUUGUUUUCAUAGUAGUCAGAUAUUAAAUGGCCCCUUUAGUCCAUCUGUAUCUUAGCCUAUCAUGUUGUUGCUGCACACAAAGGAGCUCCACCCCAAAACAUGGUGCUGAUUAUACUUGACGUGCUGUCCUGUGAUGUUCCCAUGAAUGAUUGUGUGUGCACCCCCCACCCUACGAGUGUCAGACCUCUCUGAAGUUUACAAGUCAACCAACGCCUUCCGGACAAACUCCAGCUUUUAGCAUCCGUGUACAGGCUUGGACACGAGACCCUUUUCAGGUACACAGCUCUCACUUUUAGCCCUUCACAUUUGGGCUCCAAGUGCUACUGCAGCCCUGGCAACGAGCGACCAGGGGUCAGGGUAACCUCAGUAUAAUAUCCCAAGGUGCACUUCUCUUCCCCAUUGUUACUACCAGCCUUUGAGGAACAAAAACCUCCGGCCAAAUUGCAAAGUACUGCACUAACCUUUACUGGGGAAAGGGGAUCCAACAAAAACCCUGCUUUGUUUGAAGGUAAAAUAACUUUAUCUGGUAUAAAGUUCAUGUUGUGAACAUGAAACUCUGUGCCAAAGUGACACAACUUUUCAAAGAUAUGUCUAAACUAGAAAGUAUAGUUAUAGAAACAUGUAUACAGUAGUCCUCACAUACUCAUAUGUACAGACUGACAUAAACGACCAAAUCAAAACUGUGGUUCAGUGCUGAGUCAGUGUUUCUAAAUGAAUCAAAAGAACAUCGAAGGCGGGGAGAAAAACCAACAGUCUACACUUGAAAAGUAGCGACUUAACUCUCAUUGUGUCUCAUCAACACCUGGGCAGUUGUGCAUGUUCAGGGUUGUUCAGGAGACUGUGCAGAGCUCAGGAACUCACGCACAGACGAACUCAAAAACUCUUGUACAGAUUCCUCCACCGCAGGUGUGUUUCCUUCAUCUCCUUUCCUAACUUAACCCAAACAAACAGACCCCCCCCGCCUUUCCGCCCCAACUUGGUCUUGGACCUUUGUCCCUGCUCACCUUCCCGAUGGAUCAAACCGGCUCUACGGGUGUCUCCAUGAUAACCGCUCUGUAAAUAGUGACUCGUGUUGUAUGUUCUAGCUUUUACUAUAGCAGAGAAGCGCACAGAUUGAAUUGAAAGAUGCAGAAAGAGAUGAGAUAAUACUGUCUAUCAUGGUGAAACUGAGAUUUAAGAAUGUCUUUGGGUUAGAUGCAAUGAGUUAAAGAGAAGAGGUUUAUUUUAAAAUGUGAAUAUCUUUGUUUGUUUUUUUUCAGAAUGAUUGUCUAUGGCUAUGAAAUUCUUUAUACUCUAUUUAAUAUUUGUUUUUUCCCCCUCCUCUUGACCCUGUUGUUCUGUUCCUAUGACGCAAGGCAGAUGUUUUCAUUGUAUAUGGAUGUUUUAUUGCACAAUAUUUAUGUGGUGUCGUGUUGACUUCUGUAAUGGGCUGGGUGUGUCUCGACAAGUUGUUUGAUCUUUGAAGAUAGGUCCAAAUUGUCAGAGAGCCGCAAAGUAUCAAUAGCUCUAAUUGAUUUCUCAUUCCCACUGAUCACCCACAAUGUGUCUGAUUGAUUCGGCCUUUACGAAUUAGCAGCACCAUCACAGGAUCGAUCUCCCGGUUGCUGUCGGUGCACGGGGGGUGCACGGACGUCCAAGAGGAAUUAGUGGAGGCUGCUCAUAUUCACAACAGAGAUGGCAAAUCAGCUGAGCUGCAUUUUUUUAUUUUUUUUUUUGUUUCGACUGACUGGCUGAAUGUAUAAAUGCUCAAUUUUCUUUCACUGCCUGUGCACAUCAAUGAAACGCUGUGUAUGUUAUUACUGGAACAGGCGCCUGUAUCUACUGCUUAAUGUGUUAUUGUCUUCAGAAGUUAUGUAUGCAGUCCACUCUGCUUUAAAAAAACAAAACAAGAAAAAAGUUCGUAUCGAUGCAGAAUUUCUGAUAAGGUAUUGAUUUGCUCCAUGAUUCAUACCUGCUGUGAUCGAGGUUGCAUGAGUAGCGCUGCAUUGCAGCAACUAUGUUAAACAUUUUCCUCACAGUAUGACUCAGCUCAUUCACUCGAGAAUUUAAAUCCAUCUGUGAUCAAACUAAAUAAUAAAAAA